ACUAAACUUACAAGUAUUCCCUUUAAUAUUUCUGUUUCCUUAUAUCAAACCCGCACGGCCCGAUCGAUGCCUAUUGCGAACCCAAAAAUUUCCUCUGUAAAUUCUUAUCGGAUCUGAAAUGGGUUUUGUCGGAAAAAGUUUAUUGUGAUUAGAGCAAUUUUUGUGAAUAAAAUCGUUUUUUCAGAAUUGAUUAGUCGUCUUUUGGCCUCUUCUUCUUCUCUUCUUUAAUUUAUUUUUAAGUUCCAACAAAUGGCCCAAAUCUGAAACCAUGAGGAAGAAGCUGGAUACCCGUUUCCCUGCUGCUCGGAUAAAAAAGAUAAUGCAAGCUGAUGAGGAUGUUGGGAAAAUUGCCAUGGCAGUGCCUGUUUUGGUUUCUAAAGCUUUGGAAUUAUUUUUACAAGACCUUUGCGAUCGUACAUAUGAUAUCACCCUUCAGAGAGGAGCAAAGACUGUUAACUCUCUGCAUUUAAAGCAUUGUGUACAAAGCUAUAAUGUGUUUGAUUUUCUGAGGGAAGUUGUCAACAAAGUUCCUGACUAUGGUCAUUCGGAUGCUGCUGCUGAUGAUCGAAACACGUCAAAGAGAAGGAAAGUUGCAGCUGAUGAUUGUAAUGACAGCGAUGAAGAUUCAAAGAGGAUUAAGAUGCCUGAGAUGAGCCAUGCUAGCAGCAGUGGCAGGGGAAGAGGCAGAGGUAGAGGAAGAGGGCGAGGCCGGGCCAGUCGCAUGGCAGAUAGAGAAAUUUCUCAUCCGGAGGUUGAUAUUGACUCCUGCAUACAGCCCAAUAGCAAGCAAAGUCUGAGCCCUGGAAGGCCAAUGGAUAAUGGUUUAGAAUCAAAAGAAUCAUUAAAAGAUAACAUUGCAGUCAGCGAUGGUGCCAAUCCAGCAGUACUGAAGUUUGAUCUAAAUGCUGGCUUGGAUGAGAAUGCAGAUAAAACAGCUGCACCAGCAGCAGCCUGCACCUCAUCAUCAACGCCUACCGAACCUAAAGGUGAAGAGUAUCCCGGAUGGCCUCUUUCUGAAGUGGACAGGAUUGCAAUUGACCCGAUUCAUCUUACAAACCUUAAUUCAAAGUUGGAUGAGGAUGAGGAUGAGGAUUACGAUGAAGAAGGCUAAUCUGUCAUCAAAGUAGUUUCUCUAGAGUGCUAAUUUAUUAGGAACAGAAUGGCAGGAAUUCGAGGAGAAAGACAAAAGAGACUGAUGCCAGCACAAAGGUGAUCUAUUCACCUAAGGUAGAUUUCUCCUUCUCUCUUUUCUGAGCUUAUUCCUAUUUUGUUUAUCGUGUAGCUGUAUCACAUAUGUUUGCUGUAAUAACAUUUGCUAACAAAUGUUUUAGAGUAAUAUCUUGUUGGGAGGAUGUUGGAAGUUAGUUACUCAAGAUCCUAAGUUCGAGCUUUGACUCUCUUUGCUCAACGAUUUGUUUUGUUGCUCUUGAUGUUUGCAUUGUAUCCAUGUGUUCUACAAGGCUCUUGUUUGGAAUAGUUCUCCGUGAACACAAAUAAUUUGGAG